CUCCAUCGAAGCGCUUCUUCUCCAAAGGCACCUCGCAAAUGUGUCAGUAUUUCGAUAUACCUGUCAAACCCGUGGACUGUGCAGCGGCAGACAAGCAUUUGGUGACCUUCCGAUGGUACAUUCUGUGCCAGAGCCCCCGAGGCGUUGGCACGAGCCGUCACUGCUCCGUUGAACACGCUAGGGCAGUCUCCGCUCUUUUUGGGUCAUCCAGGACUGAGGGAGCAUGCCCCGCUUGCGCGAACCCUCCAACAACCGUAGUAAUUAAGUACGUGAACGGGUAAGAUAGGGUAUGGACGGCUACGAUGUUGCGGGGUAUCGCGGCGGGACGGGCCGAAUAGUGUGGCAUUUGCUUAUGUAACUACGCUGUGCCAUGCCAAUGUUCAAAGUACUC